ACCUGAAUUCCACUUUCAAGUCGUAAUUGGGAAUAUAGGCAACUCGGCUUUCACAUCAAAUAUUUAAAAUAUCCUGGGGUGGAUUACUAAUGCAAAUUUUGAUGAAAUGCUGACAUACUAAAUAAUUUUUUAACUUUACAAAAACUAUGCAGAUUAUAAAUUAUGAUGGAGACUACCAAUGAUCAAGAAAAAGGGAAUACUGAUUCUAAGGAGACCUUAGUAACAAACAGUCCUAAGAAUACGAAUGUAUUCGACCAGAGCCUUCUAGACUGUACCAAAACCCCAGAUUCACAAGAAGAUUCAGUAAGAUCAUUUACAAGCAACGAUGUUAGAGAAAAUCGAGACGCGGUGCGCACUGAGACAGAUACAGAAAUAGAAGUGCGUGAAAAGGAGAUUGAGAACGUUGUUGCAGAGCCUGUUACCGAUGAUGGAAAUGAAAAUAAUGGGCAAAAUGUUAGUUGUGACAACGCAACGAAACCAACUUUUUCCGAUUCCGAUGAGCAAAAGUCGCACUCAUCGACUUCCAAAGCUCAAUCACAACUUCCCCACGAUCAAAUCGAACAAAACUAUGUAACAAACCAGCAUGACUUCGAAAUCAUGGGUGGCAAAAAUGGAGAGUUGAAAAUGCUCGAAUCGGAUUCAAAAGAUGGAACAGAUUUUGAAACGUCAGCAGCUGUAAUAACUCAACAGAACUAUGAAAAUACGCUUAGGUACCAGAGUCAAGAUUUCAAAACUGAAAUAAAAGAAAACAACUAUAGUGUUCUUAAAGAUGACGAAGACAACACCGCUAAUGAGAAAGAGAAUACAAUUGAUUCAUUGGAAGACAAUUCAAUGGACAAAAGCGACUCACAUGAUGUUGAAAAUGAUAAUGUUAAAACCCCUGAAAAUGAUGUUUGCAGUAGACGAGGGAAAGAAUGCCUUGAAUUUAAACAUGAAUCAAACACAGAUCAAAGUGACAAUCUUGAUAAAGAUGAACAAGAAGUAGUUAUGAUAAGUGAUGAGGAUUCUUGCCAAAGUAUUACCGCAAGUGAAAAUAAUACCAAACCUAUUUCACCAGAAAUUCUGGAAAAUGAGAAUUAUUUUAAUGAAGAUUCGCCAAAACAAAUCAAUAAAGAGAGGGAGGGGGAAAUAAUCAAUUUAGAUGGUGACUUAAGUCAAACUAGUGACCAAAAUUUUAAGGAUUUAGGAAACACUAAAGCUAUCCAAGUUGAAGAAUUUGAUAAGGGCGUCAUUCAAAGGCUAUCGGAAAAUAAUGACAAUAGUAAAGAGAGUGAAAUAUCAGAUGAAAAUACUAACGAUGAUGAAGUGAGUUAUGUUCAUAAUGAAAUAUCGGAUACAGAUAUUGUAGAUAGAGUAGAGAAAAUAAAUAACGAACGAACAGAUGUUACAAAAGCGGAUGGACAUUUUAUUAUCAAACGAAAGGAAACAUCAAAGGACGAGAAAAUUAACAUCUCAAUUAACAAAAAUGAAUUAAAGGUUAAUGGAGAUCAUCACAUGACAUCGUCGUUAUCCGAGUACCAAAUAAACGAAAACUCAGAUUUAUGUACACGCUUAGAAGGCGAAAUAAGAAAUGAUCGAGGCGAAGAUAAGAUGACAGCAAAUGACGACAAAGAAUUAAAUAUAGUCUAUAAAGCGCCAAGUUCUUUCGAGAAUCAAAAUAUUGCUGAAAUGGAUGUUGAUAGUGACAACAAAGAUGAACUAUUUUCUAGGCAACUAAAAGUUAUGGAAAGUGAUUUCAAUCGGGUCAACUGUGACGAUGAAAAUAGCCACUGCUCAUCUGUAGCAUCCGUGGCGUCUAAUUCAACGGACACGUCGUCUUCACAACAACUUGUUAUUGAUCAUCCUAUGGAAGAAAUUGAUACUGGUUUAUCAGUACCAGAUGUCGGAACUGGUUCAGCCGGUUUAUGUGUUGAAAGACAUGAUAAAACAGAUAAAGUAAAUUCGAUAAAACUUUCAUUAAAAAGAAAAAUGAGUAGUUCCAGUGAAACUGGUUUAUCGCCGCAACAUAAACAACCACAUAUUGAGCCAGAACCUGUUGUCAACGAAAAUAUUAGUUCGCAAUAUUAUGAUGUUAAUAUUAAUGUUGUUAAUGAAGAGUCAUCAUUGCCAGAACCCGCUGAAAAACAGCAAGCUACUGAAAUUUCAGGAAGCAACUAUAGUGACACAGCUGUUGAACACCCACCAUUUAAAUCGUUGUUAUUUCAGCAUUUACAAAAGCCAUAUAUUCCACCGCCACCUCCUGACAAUUCAAUGAGUGCGGCCGCGGAUUCACUGUUUUCCCUAUCCUUGGAAAAAACACCUUUUAGUAUCACAACCACGACAAAUGUCAUUGAAAAUAUUGACAACCCCACAAAAUAUUUGUGCUUUAAGUGCAAAACUGGCAGUUUCCACUCAUUCGAAGCUUUAAACGAACACCAGCGUGAAUGUUUGGCGGACACUCGUCUAUUGCCGGCAAGGAUCGCUGAAAUAAGCAGUUUAUUGCCUCUAUCUUUACCUCCAAUCCUUGCAACUCCUCCACCUUCAGCAUCACCAGAUGCUACUAUGGACAUGAACAUCACGAAAGUUGUUUCACAAGCACCUGCUUCCAUGGCAAUAUCGGCCACAGCUUCAGUUGCUGCUGCUCAAAAGAAAAGAUAUUAUAAAUGUUCCAGUUGUAAUACAUUUCAUGAAAAUUGGAAUCUGUUUUUACACAUUCGCGACAAACAUCAGCGACAUAUGUGCCUCUAUUGUAUACGUUUCUUCCCCACAGCAGAGAAACUCUCUGUGCAUUUGGAAAUAAAACACGAUCUCGAACAAAAUCACUUCCACUCAGAGGAAGCUCUUCGGAAUAGUUCUUCAAUAGUAGGCGAGGUAGCUAGUGAGACGAGAUUCCUUAUGUGCUGUACAUGUCAACAUUUAUUUCAAGAAAGUGAGCCUUUUUCUGACCACAAUUGUGCAGAAUUCAUGAAGCCAUGUACUUUGUGUGGGCAGAAAGGACGCCACAGCAACCAUUGCAAGGCGCAUCCGGACGGGAAGCGCACCUUAAAAACAAAGAAGAAAUCAAAGAAAUUAGGAGGUGUAGCACUAACACCCAUACCCAAUAGAAACCACAACUCACUUUUGUCAGUUUCGCUUAUUGACGCUGCUUCAAAUGCAACUCCCUUCAACUGUGAUAGCAACCAGAAUAGUGUGUCCACUUUACUGGCUCCAACAGUUUCUGAAUCAACACUGCGCAGCGAAGAUAGUAACAGCAGUAGCAAUAUGGUAAUUGAUGAAUCCUGCACAACAACACAUAGUUCGCUGGUGAAUCCCUUCAAGGAACUCGAUGAGCGUUGGCGCUUGGAACAACAAACACAAAAUCAAAAUGAAACUAAUACGUUUCCCCCUGCGAGGACUCCAUCACCCAUCGAAUCGAACUUAACAGUGCCGAAGUUUAAAUUAAGAGUACCAAAAGAGUUUCAGAAGUCUGUUGAUGUGGCACUUAGUUCUACCGACAGUGAAGAAGACGAAGACGACGUGGGAAAUGAAGAGGAGGAUAACGAAUAUAGCAUCCAGGGAGAGAGUUCCAGUUAUAAAAACGAUAUUGCCGUUACAGAUAAGCCGUCGGGAUUUCCAAACGAUAGUGUUCUUCCCUUACACGCUGAUAGUAAAUACCUUACAGUAACAUCUAAUGACCAGUCGUUAUCACAGAAAAGAUUUGACGAUAUUAACAGUCAAGAAACUCUGUCCGUCGAUAAAAGCGAAUGGGUGGAUGAAUCGAAUUCAAAUCUGGUUCGCAUUCUAAAAGAAAUUGAACGUACUAAAUUGGACAUUCAACGCACAAAAGAGACAUUGCAUCAUCCACCUAAAGCGAAGCAAGAUCAUACUGCGGGUGCUUUGACCUCAUCAUCGCACACCGCCCGCAACUGGACACCUACUCCACCAACGUCGCCAAAACAAGCACGUUUGUCAAUAUCUGGCGAAGCGCAUAAAAAAACUAGUCCAUGUUUAGAGUUAAUGAAAGUAGAGCAACAGGUCAACCAACCAUUGCAGAGGAGAGAUUCAGCGGGGAGUGAGGCAAUGGAUAUUGAUGAGACAAUAAAUGGAGCGGUGCCAGAGCUACUACCAAGACAAAUGCCAGAGGGGAAUUUAGAACUUAGCACUGGCAAUACAAAGCAGGAAAUGAACACAUCCAUUGAGAGCAAUUUCAGCGAAAACCUUUUAAAUAAUAGCGUAAACACUGUAGCUGGUCCUAAAGAGGAUAAAAAACUCGUAGAUAAUGAAAGCCCUUUAUGGAACCAGAAAAAUGAACUGUCGAGUGAUGAGAGCGCAACGAAAAUAGAUACUCAAGAGGCAAUUCAACAUAUGCAGUCCGGUGACCUUAAGGAAGAUUUACUUGAUGCUCCUGAGGAUGGCAUAGAGCUGGCCAACGAGGAUGUGCUAGUUGUCGAUUUGCAGCUGGAUCGACCUCUAGAAAAAAUAGAAAUUGUAGAAUUUAUUCGUAUAUGCUUAAAAGCGGUUUACCCAAUUUGUUUGUACUGCAAUCAUGCACGCCGUAUUGCCGUCAAUGGGAAAAGCCUUGUGUUGCAUAUGCUUGCGCAACAUCGGUUCAGUGCUAUCGUUGAUAGUAUCACAGCAGAAGAACUUAAACCGGAAACAAUCUGUGCUAAAUUGAAGACAUUCUUACCUCUAUUGGAAAAUGAGUUCUUUAAUUCAACAAGCUACUGCACAUUGGGGGAAGGUACAUUCACUCGUCAUUUCAACGAACGAAUCUUCGAAUGUUUUCAGUGUCGCUUUGUCACUUCAACGCACAAAGAGCUUUAUUUGCAUAACAGAAAAAUGCACUUAAAAACCGCUAUACUAUGUUUUAUGUGCCGUGCGAACUUUUUUAGCUUUAGCGAAAUACUGUGUCACAUUUGCCCGGGCGCUCCGAAUAAAACACCAGUGUUUGAUGUCAAGUUCCGUUGCUGCCUUUGUGACUUUCACAACAUCCCUUCGCCUUUCCGCCUGAUGGUGCACUUACGUAAGCGUCACUUUGCUUGCGACGUAUGCUUGGAAGAUUGCCGCGAUCAAGGACGGCUGUCAUCUCAUGUAUGGAAGCAUAAAUUACAUCAUCUGUGCUAUCGUUGUGGCAUCGCGUACCGUAACAAAAUGGAUAUAACCAAACAUCUAUUUUGGAAGCAUGGCACCGAAAGUAUAAUUUGUAAACGUUGCUUACAGAAGCGCUGGCGUCAUGUCUAUCACUUUUGUGUGCCUCCGAACACUUUCAAUUGCGAAGUAUGCAAUUUGUGCUUUUCGAAGGCCAUGUAUUUAAAGGUUCAUAAACGUUUGCACAGCGGUGAUUUGCGUUACCCUUGUACCGAGGAAAACUGCGAUGAAAAGUUUAUCUCUCGCAAAUUGUUGCUGAAGCAUACAGCAACACAUCUUCAGCAGGAGUCUCUUCCAGCGGGUUUAGAACAAUCAAGAGACUCCGACGGAUAUAAAAAGGUAGGAGAAGACGAUGAGGAAUCUGAGAUCGGGACUGCCAAAAAAGGAAUGGACCUCGAAAAACUGCUCAAUAAAACUGGCAAUUCUGUUGAAAUUAAAGAAGAGGCAUCGGUUAAGAGUGAAACCGAUGCUCCCGUUAAAUGUGAGGAAGGGGAAACCGACCUUAAAUCAAAUAAAACGGACGACAACACCGAUAUGAAAAAUCCCGAUAUUCAGAAGGGAGAUGGAAAAACUCUUGCCGCAGACCGGAGCAUGGAGGCACCACGCAAAAAGAAAAAAAAGAACAAACGUUCUAAGGAAUCACUCGAAGAUUUAAACUUGAUAGCGCCCAAUCUUUCAGAGACCGAUAGCAGCGAAGAAUCCGACGUUGACAGCAAGUCACGAGGUGAUGAAAACUCGUUAGUUCCAAAAGUGAUGCUCUCUCCACCAUCCGAAACAGAAAAUGAUAUAGAAGAUGUAAAAAAAAUCGAGGUAGGUGGUCAUCAGGAAUGUGGCAAUAAAGAUAUAGAUGAAAAUGGUAAGUCUGGUACCGGGAAGGUAUUGGAUAUUUGGAAGAACUUUUUGCAGGCCCAACAAAGCGGUACUGCAUCUGAAGCUGGAGUCGCAACAACAUUAAAGAAGGAAGCAGACUAUGACGAAGAAAACUAUCCCACACCUUAUUCGCUCCAUGUUGUCUACUCAGAUCACGACUAUUGUCGAAUGUUUCGUCCGCGUUCACCAGUUCAACCCGCUCCAGUCGCAAAACCAGCUCUCCCUUUGCCUUCCCUCUCGCUCGCGAAGCGCAAUAAAGCUUCGAAAUCUCCAAGACGUGCUACAUCUCGUCGUUCCGCAUCAAGUACUUCCAGUGAUUCCAGUUCUAGUUCAGAUUCAAGCUGUUCAUGUGGCUCAAAUUGUUCAUGCAGCACGAGUGGGAGCGGGAGCAGUUCGAGUAGUUCCAGCUCCAAUGAUAGUGAUUCAUCAGUUGCUACGAACGCUUCCCGCAAACGCCAUCGAAAAAAGUCGGAACGUGAACGUUUAAGGAAAAAGAGUGACGGUUCUUCCCCAUUAAAGAAACAUAUAAAUUCAGAGACUUUAAAAGUCGUCGAUGAUGACUUAGCAAAUGAAAUUGCCGUUAAUACAGAAAUUGAGCGUCCCCCUUCACCACCCAAGGAACCUCAAAUCUAUGAAUCUGAUUUGGAAACUGCUGAGUCAGAAACUGAUGAAGAAUUUUAUGAUGAACAUCCACAGAAACUGGCAAGUGAACUAUUAGCCCAUAAGCGUGCUCAGUUAAUGGCACAAACCCGUUUAUCGCCUUCGCAUAAUUUCGAUAUUGUGGAGAAUAGCCGCCCGUCCACACCCUCACUACCCGAAGAUGUUGUAUGUGAAACGAGAAUAAAAUUGAAAAAGAAGAAACGUGAUCGCAAAUCCAGUUGCAAGUCAAAUCUUAUUACUAACACCUCGUCAGUGAAGGCGAAAGGGGAAAAGGAUAAAUCGCCCAUUAGUGUUUUGCCUUCAGUCUCAUUAAACCGAUUGGAUCGUGUUCCUUGUUAUGAGUUGGCCCACCCAUCUCCAACAAUUGCGGAGCUGCCAAUGGCGCAACAACCCAAUGUCAUCACACCCUACUCAUCCCUAAUACUGCCAGCCAGUGAACAGCUAACACCGCGUCCCUUGGCGCCGCACCAACCGAGCAGAAUGAGUGAGGGGAGCAGCUGCUCGGAUGCGGAUGGUUCCUUGAAGCGUUCAAAGCGAGCACGACGGCCUAACAAGUUCUACGGCUAUACCAGUGACGAUGAGACUGCGGGCAUUAAUCUGGGGCAACCAUUGAUGAUGGGCAUGCGAACAAUCAAACCACAGCCACCGCCACAACUAACAUGGCUUAAAGAAGAUUUGCCUACGCCUGCAAAAAGCAUUAUGAAUCAAAAGCACCGAACACCGCGGACACCAAAAACACCUGGCACUCCUGUAAGUUGUCUAGGUGGUGGCCUUCUCAAUUCAACCCCUUCUGCGUCAUCAAAGAAGAAAUGCACGACCGAAAAUACUGAAAAGUCCUCGGCUCGUAAGCGUACUUCAAAAAAGACGUCUUCAUCUAAUAAACUGCCGCCCAUACCCACACUCAAAAUACGACCAUCACAGUUGGGCAUUAGCAAUGAUGGUUCUGGUUCUGGUACUGGAACUGAACUAUUUCCAACACCUCAAAUAUAUUCUUCCAGUAAAGAUACUGAUGAUGAAGACGAUGAAAUCGUUAGUAGUGAAGCAUCUUCUGACAUUGAAACCGAAACGUUAUUAGUACAAACGAAUACCGGAGAAACUAUGUCGACUUCAAGUCUAUGGAAUAGCAAUUUGCUGACGGCAACUCCAUCCGCAACUGUAAAUACCCAGUUGCUACAGGCUUCAGCGCCACAACCAGUGUUACAAACACCUCAGACAACGGUGUUUAACCAUAAGAUACCACCAGCUUUGUUACCUAAUCCGAACUUUGAAACAUUGCAGUAUUUCAAAGCCAACAACAUACGCUACCCGAUACGACCUCCAGCUGGAGCGCGGCAGGCACGCGAAGGCGAAUCGGUGUAUUGCUAUUGUCGGUGUCCCUAUGAUGAAGUAUCCGAGAUGAUCGCUUGCGAUGGCGAGAACUGUCUCAUUGAGUGGUUCCACUUUGAAUGUGUGGGGAUCAUGGUAGCUCCACAAGGCAAGUGGUUCUGUGCUGAAUGCCGGCCCAAAUACUCGGAAGAGUUGUAUCCAACUAGUGGCAGUUUAUAAAAGAUGGAUAGCUAUGGUUGUGUACAAAAAUCAAGAAGGCAGAAUAGUGAUAUAACGGAGAAAUUUCAAAAGAAGUCCUAAAUACGCUUAUUAAUCGAUAAUUUCCCCUAAUCUAAAUUUAACAUUAAUAUAUAUAUAUAUAUAUAUAUAUAUAUAUAUAUCGUAGACUUAAAAUAGACUUCACACCGUUUCAAAUAUUGAGACGUGUUCAAAAUUUUGAUUUGUUUUAAGUAAACAUCAAAAGAGAACUCUAAUCCAUGUUUUAGUUUAACCCCUUCCCACAAAAAGAAGGAAGUAGAGUACAUAGAAUAACCAAUAGCUGAUAAUUGAUUUGAUUGUAUUAAAUUUAAAUACUUAUGAAUUGAUGUCGUAUACAUAUAAAUAUGUAACUAGUCGCUUGCACUUAUAUAGUAGUUCACGCAUUUUAUAAUUUAGAAAGGAUGCAUUCCAAAACGUCAAAAUACAAAGCAUCAGUCUCCUCUAUUUUUAAGCCGCGGUAAAAAAUGUCUAAUUUGCGCAACCUAGUUGAAAACUAGCAUCCAACCGUGAUUGCGCCCAUUUUGCAUUACCAUCUGCUGAGGUUUAGAGACUUAUGCUUUGUAUUUUGACGUUUGGGAAUGCGCCCAAAAUAAGCAACACCGGCAAUAAUGCUAUGAAAGCAAUUCGAUUCGUAAUGGUUUUUAUUAGAUUUAAUCAAACUAUUAUUUGCUUAGAUGAAACAUCAGAAAAUUUAUUAAUGACGAUGCUGUUUUUGAAAAUGCAGCAGUUUUUGAAAACGCUUAAGGUCAUGAAUAUAAACUGUAAAUUCGAUUUAAGUUUGUAAAUAAAUUUAGGUAAAGAUUUUACAAACGCUGUUGAGCCUGGGAUACGCUAAGAAACGGUUUCUGCUUAUAUGAUAGAAUCCAUAAUUAUUUUUCGGGUUUCAGCUAGCUUAACAGCUUCAAUGAUGCGCGCGCCCGUUUGCGUUAUUAUAGGUUAUUCAAUAUUUAGUGCUAAGUUUUUAGAGCUAAGAGAUAGUUUUGUGAAAUCAAAUAGGUUUUAUUUAUACUCUCUAAACAUGGAGAAUAUUCACUUACUAUAUACUCACUCAUGUUACAUAUUUACAUGCAUACCACUCCGAAUUGAAUGCUACAUAUAUGGAGUAUUAUUACGUUUAAGCAUUUGACGUUUCAUUAAAGGAUUUCGUGGAAUGACAAACGCAUCAACGUUUUAUAUAUCAGAACUUGAAGGUCUGGAAUAAUUUCCAGAAUGCAGUUCAGUUUGUUUUGUUAAUUUACUUAGAAGAAAUUUGAUAAAGGAUACAAGCCACAAAUAAUGUUUACCGUAAGCGAUAUGUUUGCAGCAAGUUAACAUUUUGUCAUGCAUAUAUAUGAGCACGUUAAGUUGCAUCUAUUUGGCGAGUUUAUUUAAAUUAGCGUCCGAUUACUAUGUUUUUCGCAGAUUUAUAAACAAAAAUUACGUUAUGCAAAUUUUGUAAUUGUUAAAUCAAAAUUUUUAUUUCACAUUUGUAAAGCUUAGAAACGGGGAAACUGUAUAUAUAAAGGGCAAAAUAUUUCAGAAUCACAAUUAGCAACUUACUCGUACGUAUAAUUAAUUAU